AUGAAAGGCGACGAGACGUACUACGCUAGAAUACGUCGGGAUCGGUACGAUCACUUCCAGGAGGACGAGUGCACCGAGGAGUUCGCACACUAUCCGGGCUAUUCUGACGUUGAACAGUUUGCAAUGCCGCAAAAGCCAAAGGUAAAGAGCUCCGUGCCGGGGUCAGUGGAAGCCAGACGAAAGGGGGCAUCAAGAGUGGCCGGUACGCCCGAUAGGAGCCGUGCUUCAGCUCCACCACAUUCCAACAGAGUGAGUUCCAAUUAUCACAACUCGGCGAAGUCGUCUGCUAGACCGGCUCGCCCGGGGCAACGGCACCGAUGCCCCUCACAAGAACUCGAGUAUAGCGACGAGGUGGCCGAAGACAUGCAAGAUAACUUCUCUGAAGAAGAGGAGCUCGAGUAG